GACGGCAGCUGCCUUAACAUGUCUGUUGUAUUUAAAGAAAUAGUCAAUCCAAAAUUUGUUGGAUUUCGAGAUAAUUACCAAUUUGGUAACAUAGAAUGUGUAACAGCCCAUAGAAAAACGGACAAUAAACAAUUAUGUGUAGUGAGUAAAUUAUAUGCAACUAAAUAUGCCGAAAGAAUGAAAAAUUUUAAUGUUCUUCCGGAUGAUGUUUGGGUCGUUACUUAUCCAAAAUGUGGAACAACAUGGGCCCAAGAAAUGAUCUGGCUGCUCAAUCAUGAUUUGGAUUAUGAAGCAGCCAAAAAAACUGUGAUUGACGAGAGAUGGAAAUUUAUAGAAUUUGGAAUGUUUUCUACAACACUUCCAGAUAGCAUCGAACAAGUUGAGAAAUUGGAACGCCCAAGGCAUAUAAAGUCACAUUUACCUUACAGUAUGUUGCCUGAUCAAGUAAAGACAAAAAAACCGAAGAUAGUCUACGUUGCCAGAGAGCCUAAAGAUGUUGUAGUCUCAUUUUUCUAUCACAGCCAAUUGCUAGAAGGAUAUAAGGGCAGUUUUGAAAAAUUUGCGGAAAUAUUUUUGGAAGACUUACACUUUUGGUCCCCCUUUUGGAACCACAUCCUGGAAUUUUGGCAAAUAAAAGAACAAGACAAUAUUCUAUUUUUAACGUUUGAGGAAAUGAAAGCGAAUUUACCAGAAGUUAUCAGAAAAACGUCAAAGUUUUACGGCAAAAGUCUCACAGAAGAACAAGUUCAAGAAUUGGCUAAGCAUCUGAAUUUUGACAGCAUGAAAAAUAAUCCAUCUUGUAACAAUUCCCAUUUAAUGGAAGUAUGCAAAACCGCUUUCAAUGUGGAACCACCAAAAGAUUUGAAAUUUAUGAGACAAGGAAAAAGCGCCGGUUGGAAGAAGGAAAUUAACGACGAAUUGGCAGCUAAAAUUGAUGAAUGGUCAAGAAAACACACCCAAGGCACAGAUUGUAAUUUGUGGAAUUAUGCAGAAAUCAAUCACGCUAGUUUUACUAAUUUUGCUAAUUGCAUUGAACCCAAACCUCCAAAAUGUGUGUCGGUACAUAGAAAAUGUGACUAUCAAAACGAAUCUGAUUUUGGAAAAACUUUGUGUGUGUUGAAUGAACCUUAUAUCAAAUACGCAGAAAGAGUUAAAAUUUUUGAAGUCCGUGAAGAUGAUGUGUGGAUUGUCACAUAUCCAAAAUGCGGUACAACAUGGACUCAAGAGAUGGUUUGGCUAAUUUGCAAUGAUUUAGAUUACAAGACGGCAAAAGAAGUCAAAGUGUACGAUCGAUCGGUGUUUUUCGAAUUUGGUACUUUGGUAGAAGGUUUUCACGACACAUUGAAAAUAGUAGAGGAUAUGCAAUCACCAAGGCAUAUAAAAUCGCAUUUACCGAAAUCAAUGCUUCCUGACCAAAUUUGGGAGAAAAAACCAAAGAUUGUAUAUGUUGCCAGAAAUCCAAAAGAUGUAGUAGUUUCGUAUUAUCAUCAUCAUAGAUUGCUUGACGGAUUUAAGGGAAGUUUGGAAGUAUUUGUGCAAGCAUUUCUUGAUGAUUUGGUACCAUGGUCACCAUAUUGGGAUCAUAUACUAGAUUUUUGGAAGCUCCGAAAUGAAAAAAAUGUUUUAUUUUUAACUUACGAAGAUAUGAAAAAGGAUUUACCAAAAAUAAUCCGAUCCACGUGUGAGUUUUUCCAAAAGUCCUACACCGACGACCAAAUAGCCGAUCUCGCUGAACACUUGUCAUUUGACAGCAUGAAAAACAACGAAGCUUGUAACAUUGAAAGUGCUGUGGAAAUGGUAAAACAAAUAAGAGGUUUCGAGCCACCCCGCGAUUUAAAAUUUAUGAGAAGUGGAAAAGCUGGUUCUUGGCGAAAUGAAUUGGAUAAAGAUAUGUCUUGCAGAAUUGAUGAAUGGUCCAGAAAACACAUUUCAGGAACGGAUUUUGAUUUAUGGGAAAUUUAAUAAACGUAAAAAAUGGAUUUAACAUUUAUAAUUAGCUGGAUGGACUUAAAAUUGCUAAGAAGAAGAUUUAGGAAUCGAAAGAAAUGUAAUAAGAUGUAUAAAUUAUGAAG